GCCCAGGUCGUCCGCCGAGCCCGGGGCCGCGGCCUCUCUCCGCUCCCUCCCCUCCUCCUCCUCCUCCCGCCAGCUGCCGGUUCCUGCCCCGCGGCCAUGUCCUCGGUGGCGCUGGAGAUCCUGGGGCUGGGGCUGUGCAUCGUGGGCUGGGUGGGCAUCAUCGUGGCGUGCGGGCUGCCCAUGUGGCAAGUGUCCGCCUUCCUGGAGAGCAACAUCGUGACGGCGCAGACCAUCUGGCAGGGCCUGUGGAUGAACUGCGUGGUGCAGAGCACGGGCCAGAUGCAGUGCAAGGUGUACGACUCGGUGCUGGCGCUCAAGCCCGAGGUGCAGGCGGGCCGCGCGCUCACCGUGCUCGUGGCGCUGCUGGGGCUCGUGGCGCUCAUGGUGACCGUGGCCGGCGCGCAGUGCACCACGUGCGUGGCGCCGGGCAAGGCCAAGGCGCGGGUGGCGGCCGCCGGCGGCGCCCUCUACGUGCUCUGCGGCCUGCUGGCGCUCGUGCCCCUCUGCUGGUUCGCCAACAUCGUCAUCAGCGAGUUCUACGACCCCACGGUGCCCACGUCGCAGAAGCGCGAGAUGGGCUCGGCGCUGUACAUCGGCUGGGCGGCCACGGCGCUGCUGCUGCUCGGGGGCGGCCUGGUCUGCUGCGGCGCCUGCUCGGCCGCGGCCCGCGAGGAUCUGCCCUUCCCGGUCAAGUACUCGGCCCCGCGGCGGCCCACGGUGAACGGGGACUACGACAAGAAGAACUACGUCUGAGCCGCCCGGAGGCCGGGGGAGCGCGAGGGAGCGGCCCGGAGGCCAGGGCGCGGGCGCACACAACCGGGCCGCCGGCCGGCGCUCACCCUGCGGGA